CGAAAGAAAAACGUCUUCAAAAUGUAUGAUGAUACGCGUCGCAGAAGAGCAUAAAAAAAUCUACUCAACAUUUGAAGAACGCGUAAGCAUUCAUCACUCAGGAGCAAGUCAUUCGUCAAAGCAGCAGCAGCAGUGGCAGCAGUAGCAGAGGCCAAAGGCGUUAACCGCUAAGUAACUAAAAAACCCCAAACAAAAAAAAAGCGCAGAGUCACGCACCUCCUUUAGCUCGCGCAUACAUUUGUCACUUGUCUGUUACUACACCAAUCAGAACACUGCUUCAGUAUGCUUAUCUCACACCGCGCACCGGCACAGCUUGACACUGACAUCCCGCUAACACCCGCUGUUGCCUCAUCCACAACGUCGCGCACAUAUUUCGUCGACCUUGCUGGCCAAGUCUUGGCCGCUGCGGUAAGCGAUAUAGCGGCAAGUACUUCGCUGCUGUCAGGCCGUAGCAGCAGUAAUGGUGACGCCAGUAAUGUUGAUGGUGAUGCGGACAUCGAUCCUGCCUCAGAUUAUGUGCCACCCGAACAACGACCCGAGACAUAUAUUAUUACUGUGCUAUUUGCGCUCAUAUUUAUUGUUGGUGUUUUAGGUAAUGGCACUUUGGUGAUAAUAUUCUUUCGGCAUCGCUCUAUGCGCAACAUUCCCAACACCUACAUUCUUUCGCUGGCCUUGGCCGAUCUGCUGGUCAUCAUUAUUUGUGUGCCAUUGGCCUGCAUCGUCUAUACACAGGAGAGUUGGGCAUUCGGCGCCGAGAUGUGCCGUAUCAGUGAAAGCUUUAAGGACAUUUCGAUUGGCGUUUCGGUGUUUACAUUGACUGCCCUGUCUGGCGAGCGCUAUUGUGCGAUAGUGAAUCCUUUACGCAAAUUGCAGACAAGACCAUUGACCGUUUUCACCGCCACCAUGAUCUGGAUGGUGGCCAUUCUGCUGGCGACGCCAUCAUUUGUUGUCUCGGACAUACAAGAGAUACAUUUGCCGCCCACCAGGCACAAUGAGAAUCUGACGAUUAUUGUUUGCACGCCAUUUGGACGUAAUCGCACAACUUUGGAGUCAUAUUCCAGAUAUACAGUGAUCAGCAAAGCCUUCAUCUACUAUCUGCUGCCACUAUCCAUCAUUGGUGCGCUCUACAUCCUUAUGGCCAAGCGUUUGCACACAAGUGCACGCGACAUGCCUGGCGAAACAUUGGGCAUGCAAAGUCGGUCACAAGCGCGAGCGCGUCGUCACGUGGCGCGAAUGGUGGUCGCUUUUGUUGUGGUAUUCUUUGUGUGCUUCUUCCCUUAUCAUUUAUUCGAGUUGUGGUUUCACUUAAAUCCUACAGCAAAAGAGGACUUUGAUGACUUCUGGCACGCCAUUCGCAUAAUUGGAUUCUGUGCAAGCUUUCUACAUUCGUGCGUCAAUCCCGUCGCAUUGUAUUGCGUCUCUGGCGUAUUCCGGCAGCAUUUUAAUCGGUACUUGUGUUGCCUCUGCAGCAAGCGACAGCCGCGCAUCCGACAACAUUCCACAGCGACGGGUGUCAUGGACACCAGCAUUAUGUCGAUGCGACGCUCUACUGUUAGCAACUACAAUCGCGCAUCGCUUCAUAUUAACAACAAUAGCAACAACACAAUAGGGCGAAGCGGAGUCAACGGUAGUGGUGUGGGAGGUGGCAAUGACGCCGGUGCUGGUGCUGGUUUCCAUCAGCAAACAUCUAUCCAGCUACAUCAUAGCGUGGCCAUACAGAAGAAUGGAUCCGGCAGCGGUGGCGGUGGUGGGAGCGGCAGUGACAAGAGGUGAGAAACGGUGGUCUUGAUGCUGCAAGCUGACGAAUUUCUCUAAACACGGACCGCACUGUACAAUAUUUGAAAAUGCACACAUACACGCACAUAUACACUAUGUAUGAAGAUACGCAUAGGCACGUGCUCAGAUAGGUUGUGCGAAGAAGUGUGGGCGAAUUAAAUAGUUUAAUGGAGAUCUCUGGCAUUUAUAAUAGCGCUUAAAUUGAAUGUUACUGUAGGAAAUUAUUAUUGUCAUUGUGCUUGCGCUUGUACUUGUAUAGAAAUUGAAUAACAAAGCGUGACUGAAAUGGAACGCAUACAAAUGAAGCGCUAGCGUAAUUAUUCAAGUAAGGCAGGUGGAAGAGGGAAUGCGGAAAUGUGCUUGCAACACGGUUUAGCCACAGUUGUUUAAGCAGAGGUACUACAAGUUUUGUGAUGAUGUUGUUAUGAGUCGGUGUGUUGACACAAAGUAGUAAAUAUGAAAGGAAAACACUUAUGUUAUUGCUGGAUAAAUGUAUAUGUAUGUAUGUAUGUAAAUUACACAAACGAUAUAUCCUCUUAUUAAUGUACAAACUUCAAGAAAUUCCAAUUCAAUUAUACGUAGAAUGUAGUUUAGGCAUUUUAUGAUAACGCAAAGAAAGAAAUAUUAAAAAAAUAAAAAAAAAUUCAAUAAAAUCAUACUAUUGCCCUACAUUUACAAAUCGCCACACAACUUUUGUCCUAUUUUUAUAUCAAUUAUAUGUAAAUUUCCACUUAGCUAACUAUUCAUGUUCUGAUAGGUGUGAAGCUAAAACUCUCUGUAUUAGAAUAGUUGGAUGUUAUUAUUGUAAAUAAGCACCACACGACGAUACGUAAGUAUGUAGGUAUUUACCACUACUAUUUUCGUAUGUUAUAUUAAAUAAAAUAUGUCUACAUGCUCACGACUGUAAGUAGUACACACGUACUUCAACUGUACAUAAAAAGCAACAAAAAAAAAAAACGAAACCACAGAAACAAUUUAUAGGAUAAUAUUUACC